CGUCACAGCAGCGAAACGGUCUGACAUCUCGUAGGACAGCGGAACCGUCGUCAACACUCCGCCCGAGAGCGUUAGGAGAUAAUGUCGGAGAGCGACUGUUAGACUGAGAGUUAUUGAGCCAAUUCUCUGUCAUUCGCCGUUGCUUGGAAACACAUACAUUCAGAAUGGGGAUGGUCUUGCCAGCGGCAAACGCGUCCCUCGCCGCGGUGACUUUGUCGCUGCUCGCCUUCGUGCUCUGCUCCUCUCCCGUAAGUGGGAAUGAGGACUGUCUUUGGUACGUGGACAAAAAUGGCACCUGGCACAACGGCUUCGACUGCCCUCUCAUCACAUUCUGCUGUGGGAACUGUCAGCGGCGUUACUGCUGCCUGGACGCUUUCAAGAUGAUCACAGAGAGGGAGCAGAAGCGCUGUAUGCUCUUCCAGUUCAGCCCGACCACUUUAGCAGGCAUUGCCUCCUCUGUCCUCCUGUUUGUGGCAGUCAUUGCCACCAUGGUCUGCUGCUUCAUGUGCUCGUGCUGUUACCUCUACCAGAGACGGCAGCAGAGGGGAAGAACACCUUAUGAUGCCCAACAGAUCCCCAUGGCCAGCUACCCAUCGGAGCCUAUGUACGACGCUUAUGGAAAGCCACUGGGACCCCACGAGUAUCCACAUGCAGGUUAUCCCAUGCACUCCCAGUAUCCUGGCAUGCCCCCACAGUAUCCAGUGAUGCAUCCUGGACCGUAUCCACCUCAUCCAAUGGAUCCAGCAUACAGCCAGGCUCCUCCACCUUACUCUCCACCACAGUAUCCUGGUCACUGAUGGGCUUGUCCACACACACACACACACACAAACUCACACACACACACAAACUCACACU